AUGAUUGAAAAGUUGUUAAACACUCUUCGAAUAACGCAAAACAAUAAAACUCGAAAAAUCCCACCGUGCACAAAGCAUGAUAAUGUAAUAAUAACCGAACAAAAUAUUAAAGUAGCUAUUUCUGCCUUAAAAUCAAACAAGUCUAGCGACUCAUUUGGUAUCUCAGCUGAACAUUUAAAACACGCAAAUUGUGACGCAUUGACACAAUGGCUAAUUAAUUUUUUAAAUUUCUCAAUCAAUUAUGGUUGGACUCCAAAAUCAAUGUCCUUAUCUAUCAUUAUACUACUAGUUAAAUCAUAUAAAAAGUUUUUGGUAAACCUAAACAACUAUCAAUGUAUUAGUAUAAUACCUAUUUUUACAAAAAUUCUAGAAUAUCUGAUUUUAAUAAUUUGUGCGGAGAUCAAGAAUACUCACCCGCAACAAUUUGGGUUUAAAUCUAACUCUUCAACCCUACAUGCAGAAUUUGUAAUUAGUGAAACUAUUAAACAUUACAAUAGUAAAAAUUCACCUAUUUAUUUAUGCUCCUUGGAUGCCGAAAAGGCCUUUGAUAGCUGUAACUGGAAAAUUCUCUUUGAUAAAUUGUACUUUGAUAAAAAACUACUUUUGCAUAUAGUUAGGACAAUCUCUUCAUUAUACAAUAAUAGCAGUGCAACUGUCUCAUACCAAGGUUGCAAAACAAAUGAAUUUUAUCUUAAACAAGCAAUAAGACAAGAUUUAAUUCUUUCACCGCACUUUAUAAUAUUUAUAACCACAACCUGCUCAAAACCAUUAAAAAAAUAA